GACGUUUUGCGCGUGCGCGCCCACACCUCCAUCAUCUCGCAGUUUAUAUCACAUCGCCAGCCCAGCUCUUUGGAGCGUCUGGGCUCUCCCCGACCAAAAACUAAGCACCAGCACCUUCUGGCGCAGGCCACGGCCACUUCUGUUCUUCAUUCCUACCUCACUUAACCACAAGACUUUUACCAACUAUUCACUGUUCGACAAUGAUGCCUCUCAAGGCUCUUUGAAAGCCACCCACCCGCCCAUCGCAGGUUCUCUCUCUUUCUCGACCCAGGGGUGAACAUCCGUUCUCCUCCGCUACCUCCGAGGACCUUUGAAGCUUUCUUGCCCGCAUCAUCGCCUUUCGAGAUCUACGAACAUAAUUGUUUUUGUUCUCGCCCGACCAAAUUCCCCGACAUUCCUCCCAAUUCCCGUCACUAUCCGCCCCAACUUCCCACUAAGAAGAUGUCGAGUUCUGCCUCUGGCGACUCGGGCGGUGGCCGUUCGAUGGAGUCACGAGUGGGUAGAAGCAAGCAACGUUACAACACCAAGGGCGAACGUCUCGUCGCUGGCAUCGUACCUCUCACUCCCGAUCAAAACUAUGUACUGUUGAUUCAGUCUACCCGGCGCAAAGGCUGGGUGCUGCCCAAGGGCGGCUGGGAGUCUGAUGAGACUUGCCAGGAAGCCGCUGAGCGAGAGGCCUGGGAAGAAGCUGGCAUCACUGUUCAAAUCACUUAUGAUCUUGGUGACAUUGACGAGAAGCGUGCGCCCAAAUCGUCAAAAGAUCGGUCAAGAUACCACUUCUUUGAGGGCACAGUAACCAGCGAGUACGACGAUUGGCCCGAAUCCCACAAGCGAGAACGCCAGUGGUUUACAUUUACCCAGGCAUGGGAGGCGUUAUCAACAAGACCAGAGCUACAGGAGGCCUUACAACGGUCUACUGUAAAUCGUCAAUAACCUCACGGCGUCCUCUCAUGCGCAACCCUGGCCUUGGAAGUGACCAAUCCCUAUCCUUGAACGGCCCUCCAUUCAGUUGCGACGACAUGGGUUUAUCUCCUGGCUGUUGAGUGGAUUGUGAUACACCGUCACUUCCACAGAGUUCUUUCCAUUUCCUUGUCAUGAGAGGAAUGACACGUGCUCGUCUCAGAAACUCAAUUUGGGUUGAGUUACGAAGCACCUCUUCUUUUGCCUCCUAUUUUUCAGUUCUCUAUAUAGAGACUACAAUGUGCAUCCAUCCCAAGGCGUUUAGGCUGGAACAUGAUAGAGUAUCGCUUGUUUUUUUUUUACACAUCUAAGAAUUCGGACGGGGCGGGAUACUUCAGCGGCAUAUAAAGGUGCAAGCAUCGAGAUCAGAGGGUUAUCUUGUUGCAAUCCAUGGAUAGGACCGGAAAAGCAUCACAAAAGGUUGGCUGCCCUCGGAUUCUUGCUUUUUCAUCGGGGUCUAGCCCGAAGACCGACGCGACGGGGAGGCAAAUAUGCGCAUAAGUCCCCCCGCUAGAGAGGGACGAAAUCUUAGUAACUCGCCUGGUCAUGGUGGAGUGGAAUAGACUUGGCGAUUCCCCUCACUUGAGCGCAUCUAAACAAGUUGAAGCUGGGGCUGCUUUUGUUGAUGCUUGUGAGCGUGAGAGUGAAAAGAUCACCAAAUAAUGAGACAUAAAAAAAAAAGAAGAACCCUUUGCCGAAUGGCAUAUAAUGACGCACAAGCAAGUCACUGCUGCAGCUCUCGGCCACUAAGAGACUACGGCCAAGACCUUGUCAUGGAUGCUUAUUUCUUGCUUGUUCCGUUCCCUGACCUUUUGACUUUCUGCCCCGCCAAGAUGAGAAUGCCCCUCCAUCUGCUCUCUGAAAUGCCCCGCAUUGAAGUCAGAAAUUUGAUGGCAUGUUUUGUUGAAUUCGGCGUUUUAUAGCGAUAUGCAGC